CGGCCCCAGCCGCCCCCUUGUGCGCCCCCCCCGUGUGCACCCUUCUCCCCCCUCGCCGGGCACCCUCCUUCCCCGCCGCCCCCCCAGGCCCCUCGUGCAUCCUCCCGGCUCCCCGCUUGCAUCCCCCCGACCCCUCCUCGCAUCCUCCCCGUCCCUCCCCGCCUUGUGCGCCCCCCUCCCGGGCACCCCCCCCCGCUCUCCUUAGCGCAGCCCCUUGCGCUCCCCCCUCGUGCAGCCCCUCCCGCCCCGGGACCCCCCUCCCACGCCAUGGGCACGCGGCAGACCAAGGGCUGCCCGCCGGGCGGCCCCGCCGAGAGCCCCCCGCCGCCCCGCAAGCGGCUGCCCCCCCGCGACCGCGGCGACUUCCUCGCCUCCCUGGUGGCCAAGUCCGGCGAGAAGUUCGGCCGGGGGGGCGGCAGCCUGCCCCCCUACCACCGGCGCAUCUGCCUGAUCCAGGAGCUGCUGCUGCUGGCCAAGCAGGGCAGGCAGGAGGAGGCCACGGAGCUGCUGCGGCACCUGCGCCAGGACUUAGGAAUGGAGUCGACCUCUCUGGAUGAUGUCCUCUAUCGGUACGCCAGCUUUCGAAACCUAGUGGAUCCAAUCACCCAUGACUUGAUCAUCAGCCUUGCUAGAUACAUCCACUGCCCCAAACCGGAGGGGGACGCGCUGGGGGCCGUGGAGAAGCUCUGCCGGCAGCUGACCUACCACCUGAGCCCCCACUCGCAGUGGCGGCGCCGCGGCCUCGCCAGGAGGAAGCCCCAAGCCUGCUUGAAAGCUGUGCUGAUGGGGAAGCCGCCGGACAACACGGUGGACCUGUCGGGCAUCCCGCUAGCGCUGAAGGACCUGGACCGCGUCACAGCGUACCUGCAGCACAGCGCGGCGCACAUCGACACGGUGGAGCUGUGCUUCACCGAGCUGACAGAUGAGAUGCUGCUGCAGCUGCUGCCGGCGCUGGGCACCCUGCCUCACCUCACCACCCUCUCCCUCAACGGCAACCGGCUCACCAAGGCCAUCCUGCGGGACCUCACUGAAGCCCUCAAGGACCCCAAGAAGUUCCCCAGCGUCACUUGGAUCGACCUCGGCAACAACGUGGACAUCUUCUCCUUGCCGCAGCCCUUCUUGGUCAGCCUGAAGAAGCGCUGCCCCAAGCAAGGCAACUUGCCAACCAUCCUAGAGUUUGGUGAGGGGCAGGUGAACGACCUGGAGGGCCAAGACAGCCUGGCCGAGAGCCCGGAGGACCUGCGAGCCGCCAGCCAAGGCAUGGCUGAGCUAGAUGGACCUGACCACCUCGGCUUGCAGCUGGUGGACCGAGUGGGCCAAGGUGGGAUGCUCCCAAGUAAACGUGGCUGCAGACAAGAUGCCACGGCCACGCAGACAUGAUGUUGACCCCAGGGUGCUCAGCAAGGCACGGUAUGCAGAGACGAAGGGAAGCUGAUGCCUUGGUGAUGGAGGCCGUACCAGAGGGUCCAUCAGCAUGGUGGGAUGCAUUGAGAUCCGGAUGAUGAAUGUCAACCCUUUGCUUUUCAAAGAACAGUAAAUGUGAUCAUGUUGAAUACGUUCUAUUUUAUAAAAGCCAGACUGAUCUUUUUUUUUUAAAACAUUAGUGAUGUGCUAUGCUUUUUAACCACUCAAAAAAUACCUGUAUCACCAAGGUGUUGUAACACCCAUCCUCUCAAGAGCACAAAAGGGGAGAAGGAAGGUGAGGAGCAGCUGCAGGGAGGAGCUCCGGCUCCUUCGUUCUCAGGACAGCCUGGGGCCGGGGCUCGGCGUGGGCUCCUUGCCACUGCUGCCAAAAGCCCACAGUACUGCAUGCUUAUAAGGGAAAAAAUAAUAAUAAUAAUCCUGGGGAUUUCCCUCUAUCAAACACUGCCACGCUGGGCUGGGUGGACGCAAGUCAGCCGAAGCUUUGAAGCCUCGGAAAGGCUUUUCGGUCUCUUGGCCGCGUCCAUCCCCUGGGCACCUGAAGUGCUUUGUUUCUAAAGCAUUUGCGGGGCAUUUAGAAGCAUGCAUCUGAUGAUUUCUGGAUGGCAAAUGGGUCGUCCCAGUGCAGGAACGUAUCCUCUGGCUUUUGAACCAGCAUUUCGUUUGCUCAUGGACCUGCAUGAAGCACUUCCGCGUGUCCAAGGACCAACCCCAGCUUCUUUGGCUAAAAGGGAGCCCCUUCGCUUGGGUUCGAAUCUCUCCCUAGGCGAGUUUUACAGUCUCCCUUUCCCAGCUCGGGCAUGAGCAGUGAACUGUGGGCUUUGCUUUUUCUGGGCAUAAACGUAGACUUUUUGGUCUUCCCUUCACCCCGCUCUGUUUCCCACCAGCGCACGCGAAGCCACAUGCCUUUCCCAGCAGGGCAUCAUGCUGCUGGUGGGUGUCUCUCCUCCGUACGCAAGUAGGUAACUUUUACUUAGAAGAAACUCUGCUACCUGUUUUAAUACAUUUGGCAAAGUUCAGUAUGGUUUGCAUGUAUCCAAACCUUUCCUUUUUUCCUUUUUCUUUUUUUUUUUAAAUGCUAAUUCUUUCCAACAGGCAUGAAAAAAAAUUUGCAGUGAAUAAACAAUUCCGUUUGAAAUGAAAGAGUUAUCCAUAAUUGAAAUAAAUGAUGGUGUUUAAUAAG